AUGGUAAAGAAAACUACAGCAACAUCAGAGACGUAUGUUGUGAUAUCCAUAGGUAGUCGAUUUCUCAGAGUGGGUCUAAGUAAUGGGACUGAACCAAUUAUUCAUCAUUAUCCUACGAGAGGAACAUCUGAUAAUGUGAUUGAAUCUCAUAUGUUUGAUCUUAAUAAUAAUGUGGGAUUAACUAUAAGUCAGAAACGUCAAUUGCAAAGUAAUUUAAUAAUUAAUGAAAAUAAAUAUAAGAAAUUUCAUAAGUUGAAUCAAAAACAGAAUUAUAAAUACGUUUGUGUUGAUUCAUUUGGUGGGUUAAGUAUAUCUGAUGAGAAUACGAUUCAUCAAUUAUUGUUCGAUAUAUUCAGUGUUGAAUUAAUGAUAAACCCGAAACGUUAUAAAGUCCUAGUGGUAGAUAAUCGAUUAUCUGCUGUUCAUAAACUUCAAAUAUCGAAGAUACUCCUAGAGAAAUUCCAAUUCAAGUCGUUGGUAUUUGUUCCAGAACCACAAAUGAGUGUGAUAUCAUCAGGACAACGAAAUGGACUUGUGAUAGAUUUUGGAUGGAAUAGUGUUAAAGUUCAUCCAAUAUAUGAUUUCAGAAGUGUGAUGAAAUCUGAAUCAUGGGAAGAUAAACUUAUCAGUGGGAGAUCGUUGCAUUUGAAAAUGACAGAGUAUUUAAGUGGGUUAAAUGAUCCACAGAUAGACCAGUUACUUCAAGGGCCAGAUAGUUUUGAAUUCAUAGAGAAUCUAAUCAUGAAGUAUUGUUAUGUAAGGAGGAAAGAAACUAUAUCAGAUGAUUCAAGUCAAUUUGAAAUAAUGGAAGGUGUGUCGAUUCCUAAUUCAUUCAGAUAUGAAAUCAUUGAAUCAUUAUAUAUUAAUGAAAUUCUUUUUGAUGCCGUAUCUCAAAUCAUAAAUAAUCUCGAUAUACAUAUACGACGAGAAGUUAUAGAGAAUUUGAUAUUGGUAGGAGGGAUAUCGAACAUACCUGGAUUUAAAUUGAGAAUGAUUGAAGAAUUUGAUACUAAAUCUAAUGAAUAUAAGGUUGCAUCUAAUAGUUGUUUAGGUUCAUGGACUGGUGCCAGUAUAUAUUCGAAUCUCUUACAACAACAACAACAACAAACUACUAAAUUGGAAAUUACAAAGCAUGAUCUCAACUCUAUAACUUCAUCUACAGGGUUUAAAUUAUUUUCAUUUUCAAAUCAUUUCAAGUCAUAA